AUGCGAUGUAGUGGCACCAGUGACUAUAUCGCCCGUCAAGCCCGUUCUCUGGACGCAGCAGAUAGCGCAGUAGAGCCUGGGCUGUCUAAAACGUGCGUCAGCAACAGCAACGACUAUGUUGCUUGCUCUAAUAUGCCUGGCAAGGAUGAAAUCGUAACUGCUAAAGCAUCUACCUCGGAGGAGGACGUUGGUAGCCAAGAUUCAUCUGAUCGGCGAAAAGUGGGACUAAGAGACGGGUAUUUGUUAAAACACGGACUACCGCCAUUUCGACCGGCUUCAGAGUGUGAUUGUCGCACCUGUUCUGCUGACUGUAUUGUCUACGAGGAAGCCGGCACUUACCAGUUAGGAGAAACAUUAAUAUUUGUGAUUUUAUUACCUAAUCGGUUGAUUUUAAUGGCCGUCACGUUGUUACCGGAAUCGUCGGAGAUUGUCUCGGAAACAGCAUCAAAGAGAAUGAUCCAGCAAAACCAAUCGGCAGCUGGACAACAGGAAUCCACCGUCGUCUUCUAA